AUGGCUCCCACUACUGUCCAGAAUCCUCCGGCGCCCGUCGAGUCCAAAACCGCCCUGAAGAAGAAGGCCAAGGCCGCUGCUGCUGUCAAGGCCGCUGCCGGCACCGAGUCCCCUGCCCCUGCUUCCGUUGCCGGCGGCGAGAACCCAGAUGACAGCUCUGAGAAUGGCUACAUCCGCGAGCUUUCCAAGAACAUCCGCAACCUCAACAAAAAGAUCUCCAAUGGUGCCAGAAUCGAGAAUUUGAUCAACGAGCAUAGUGGCAAGUCACUCGAGGAGCUCGUAGCUGCCAAGAUCAUCAAUGCCGACCAGGCUGCCUCGCACCUGAAACGCCCCUCCCUUCAGAACCAGCUCGCCCAGUUCGAGAAGGAGCUUGCCAUGCACAAGCAGAUCGAGGCCGACCACCGUUCCCGUCUGAGCCAGCUGGAGACUACGCUGAAGGAGAAGUUCGAGAAGGAGAAGGAGGAGCUUGUUGCUGAGACAAAGCAAAAGGUCGAGGCCGAGGCCGACGAGAAACUGAGGGGCUACCUUUUGGCUCUCUCGCAGUUCCUUCGUCUCGCUGCUGCCCGCCGUCUCGCCGAGGCUGAUAGCUCGAUUGAUGAGAAUGCGGCUAUCGAAGGUGUUCUUCUCCAUAUCUACUGUGGUGAUAAUGAUUCCGUCACCGAGAUGCUCAAGUUGGUCCAGGGAUCAGAUGAGUGCGUCCUUGGUGUUGAGGGGAGGUUACUGAAGACUACCUUUGCCGAUAUCAAGGAGGAGGCUUAUGCCCAUCUGAACCCAAACUACAAGCGUCCCAAGCCAGCCGAGCCCGAGUUUGCGGAAGAGCUGAAGUUGGACGAGUACGAGUCGACCGUUUUGGUCGAGACUGACCCAACAGUUGCCAAUGCCGGUCUCACCGAGGUUGACGAUGGCUCUGCCGUCGCUUUGACAAACGGCCAUGGCCAGGACGCCUCGUCUGCUAGCGGCGGUGCUCCCGGCAACGCCGAUGUCGCCGACAGUGCUGCAAAUGCCGCUGGCGAGAACCAGUGGGAUACCGGCAACACCAUCUCGGACUCGCAGGAAUGGGUUAAUGUCAACGUUCCCCGCGAUCUCGGCGAGACGGAGACCGGUGCGGCCGCUACACCUGCCCAGCCUACUGCCCCGGUUACCAACCAGUCGUGGGCUGACGAGCAUCCCGAGACGGCGGCCGAGGCUACCACCCCUGCCGAUGAUGGAUUUCACCAGGUCCCGAGCCGCAGCCGUGGCAGCCGUGAUGGUGGCCACCGUGGUCGUGGCGGUUUCCGUGGCCGCGGUGGUGGUUUCCGCGGUGAUGGCCGUGGACGCGGUCGUGGCCGUGGUGGUGAUCGCGGGGGUUUCCCCUCGCGUCCUCGCCGGGAAGAAAGCCAGGGUUAG